UAUCGGGGCAGCAGGGCUGGAGAGACCGCCAGGGAGCAUAGUCGCCAGUCCAGCACCCAGACCCGCCUGGCCAAAGACUGCGCCGCACACUUGCCAGGAUUGCCAAACAUUCCUGAAAAAUAUACCUGCUAUUUAUGGCAUGUGGCUUGUAACUUUACUCCUGCUGUACUCUCUCCGGGAAGUACACAGUGAGGAUGUGGGCUCUACCAGGCUGUACUUUGUGAACGCAUCCCUCCAGAGGCUGACCUACUCCAGCUCGGUGGGGGUGUCUCUGCCCUGCCCGGCGGGCGGCACCCCCACCGCCAUCCUGCGCUGGUACCUGGCCACCGGCGAUGACAUCUACGACGUGCCCCACAUCCGCCACGUCCAUGCCAACGGCACCCUCCAACUCUACCCCUUCUCACCCUCCGCCUUCAACUCCUACAUCCACGACAACGACUACUUCUGCACCGCAGAAAACCAGGCUGGCAAGAUCCGAAGCCCCAAUAUCAGAGUCAAAGCUGUGUUCAGGGAGCCGUAUACGGUGCGUGUUGCAGACCAACGCUCCAUGCGGGGCAACGUGGCCGUGUUCAAGUGCCUCAUUCCCACCGCCGUGCAGGAGUACGUCAGCGUGGUGUCCUGGGAGAGAGACACUGUCUCCAUCGUCCCAGGUAACAGGUUCUUCCUGACGUCCUUUGGUGCUCUGUACAUCUCAGAUGUCCAGAAGGAGGAUGCCCUCUCCACCUACCGCUGCAUCACCAAGCACAAAUACAGCGGAGAGACACGUCAGAGCAAUGGAGCCAGGCUGUCUGUCAUGGACCCCACCGAAUCGUCUCCCUCUAUCCUGGACAGUUUCCAGGCGGGGGAAGUCCCGGCUGGUCAGAGUGUGGAGCUUCCCUGCAUGGCAGCAGGGUACCCCAGCCCCACGGUGCGCUGGCUAAAGGACGGACGCCCGCUUCCCUCCGAUGCACGCUGGACGCGGCGCCUCACGGGUCUGACCAUCAGUGACCUCAGGCAGGAGGACAGCGGUAGCUACGCCUGUGAGGUCACCAACAGCUUCGGCUCGAAGGAGGUGUCCGGAGCACUCUAUGUCAUAGACCCCCUGCGAGUGACCCUCUCCCCUAAGAGUCUGAAGACGGGCAUCAGCAGUACCCUGUUCUUUACCUGUGCUGUGGAGGGUUCGCCAGAGUACACAGUGGCUUGGUACAGGAACACAGAACCUAUAGUCCCAGACCAGCACAUCUCUAUACAGGGCUCCCACAACGACACCCUGCAGAUCACAGCCGCUCAGAAGAGCCACUCUGGGGCCUACCAGUGCUUUGCCUCCCGCAAGGGCCACACCGCCCAGGACUUCUCUAUCAUACUGCUGGAGGACGGCACUCCUCGUAUCGUGUCUUCCUUCAGUGAGCGCGUGGUCGCCCCCGGUGAGCCAUUCUCCCUGAUGUGUGCCUCCAAGGGAGCCCCACCCCCCUCCAUCACCUGGACGCUGGACGACGAGCCUGUGGUGCGAGACUCCGCCUACAAGACCAGCCAGUACACCCUAUCAGACGGCCUGACCGUGUCACAUGUCAACGUCAGCAGCCCGGCCAUCCGUGACGGGGGAGUGUAUCGCUGCGCCGCACGCAACUCGGCCGGUAGCGCCGAGUACCAAGCGCGCAUAAACGUAAGAGGUUCUCCUAGGAUCAGGGAGAUGCGUGACAUCACGGCUGUGGCAGGAAGGAACACCUUUAUAACCUGUCGUGUGAUUGGUUACCCCUACUACUCUAUCAAGUGGUUUAAGGACGGCAUGCUGCUGCCUGACAACCAUCGCCAGGUGGUGUAUGAGAAUGGAACCCUGAGGCUGAGUGAUGUGCAGAAGGGCAUGGACGAGGGUACCUACCUGUGUAGUGUGCUCAUCCAGCCACAGACCUCCAUCGACCAGACUGUCCACGUCACUGUCAAAGUGCCACCCCUGAUCCAGCCCUUUGAUAUCCCCUCCACGUCGGUGGGAAAGCUGAUGUACAUCGCCUGCGUGGUGUCGUCAGGUGACAUGCCCAUCCGCAUCACCUGGCACAAAGACGGGCAACUCAUCGUGCCUGGUUCCGCCUCUGGUGUUGGCAUAGAGACCAAGGAAUUCAUGAGCUCCUUGCAGAUCUCCAAGGUGACGCUGAAGCACAACGGCAACUACACCUGCAUCGCUAGCAACGCCGCGGCAACCGUCAGCUGGGAAAGACAGCUGGUCGUCACCGUUCCCCCUCGCUUCGUGGUCCAGCCCAACAACCAGGAUGGGAUCUAUGGGAAGGCAGGAGUACUAAACUGCUCUGUGGAGGGAUACCCCCCUCCCAAAGUCAUGUGGAAACACGCCAAAGGUAUAGGGAACCCCCAGCAGUACCACCCUGUGCCUCUGACUGGUCGGAUCCAGAUCAUGUUCAACGGCUCCCUGCUGAUUCGGCACGUCUUAGAGGACGACCGUGGAUACUACCUCUGUCAGGCCUCCAAUGGAGUGGGCUCUGACAUCAGCAAGAGCAUGGUCCUCACCGUCAAGAUUCCAGCCAUGAUCACGUCGCACCCCAACACCACCAUGGCCAUCAAGGGCCAGAUGAAGGAGCUGAACUGCACAGCGCGGGGCGAGCAGCCCAUCAUCAUCCGCUGGGAGAGAGGCGACACUGUCAUCGAUGCCGAGAGGAACCCCCGCUACUCCAUCACCAUCAACAAGAAGGGGGACGAGGUCAUCUCCACACUCAAGCUGAAGCCAGCGGAGCGCGGGGACUCAGUCUUCUUCUCCUGCCACGCCAUCAACUCAUACGGAGAGGGGCGAGGACUCAUCCAGCUUACCGUGCAAGAGCCUCCUGACCCUCCUGAGUUGGAGGUGAGAGAGGUGAAGGACCGAAGUAUGAACCUGCGCUGGAUCCAGAGGUUCGAUGGCAACAGCAUCAUCACCAGCUACGACAUCGAGUAUAAGAACAAGUCUGAUACUUGGGAUCACAAGUACACCACCAGGAACAUCUCCCCCACUAACAACCAGGCUAACAUCGUGGAGCUGCACCCUGCCUGUGUCUACAGCAUCCGCAUGUACUCCUUCAACAAGAUCGGACGCAGCCAGCCUAGCAAGGAGCUCACCAUCAGCACUGAGGAAGCACAACCUGAUGGGCCCCCUAUGGAAGUGAUCCUCCAACCAAUGACGUCUCAGAGCAUACGGGUCACAUGGAGGGCCCCCAGAAAGGAGCUUCAGAACGGGUUGAUCCGGGGGUACCAGAUCGGUUACCGUGAGAACGGGCCGGGCAGUAACGGCCAAUACAGCAUUGUGGAGAUGAAGGCCACAGGGGACAGUGAGGUGUACACCCUGGACAACCUGAAGAAGUUUGCCCAGUAUGGAGUGGUGGUCCAGGCCUUCAACAGGGCUGGCACUGGUCCCUCUAGCACUGAGAUCAACGCUACCACACUGGAGGAUGUGCCCAGCCAGCCGCCCCAGAACGUGCGGGCUAUCUCGGUGACCUCAGACGAGGCGGUGAUCACGUGGGCAGAGCCACCGCGUCUGACGCUGCAUGGCGUGUUGAAGGGCUACCGCGUGGUGUUCUGGUCCCUCUUCCCCGACGGAGGUGGGUGCUGUGGGGGCCAGGCACAGGGGCCGAUGCAGAAAUGGGGAGAAAUGCAAAACAUCACUACAACUCGUGAGCAGGUGGAGCUGAGAGGGCUGGAGAAGUUUACUAACUACAGUGUCCAGGUGCUGGCCUACACACAGGCUGGGGACGGGGUCAGGAGCAAUGUCCUGUACAUCCAAACCCGCGAGGACCUCCCAGGUCCUCCAGCUGGUAUCAAAGCCGUGCCCUCAUCUCCCAACAGUGUGGUCGUGUCCUGGCUACCCCCCCUUAAACCCAAUGGUGUCAUCCGCAAGUACACCAUCUACUGCUCCAGCCCAGGCUCCGGACAGCCUGCUCCCAGUGAGUAUGAGGCCAACCCAGAGAUGUUGUUCUACAGGAUCACCCAUCUGACCCGCGGUAAACAGUACCUCAUCUGGGCCUCCGCCGUGACAACUGCUGGCCGCGGCAACAUCAGCGAAAAGGUCACCGUGGAGCCUGCUGGGAAAGCCCCAGCUAAGAUCCUGUCGUUCGGGGGCACAGUGACUACUCCCUGGGUGAAGGAGGUCCGUCUGCCCUGCAGCUCAGUGGGAGAACCCACCCCCACCAUCAAAUGGACCAAAGACAGUGAGGACUCGACUAUCCCUGUGACUGUGGACGGGCAGCGUCAGAUCCUGUCCAACGGUACUCUGGUGUUACGUUCCGUCAAAGCUGAGGAUUCUGGGUACUACACAUGCACGGCCACCAACACCCUGGGCUUUGACACCAUCAUAGUAAACCUACUGGUGCAAGUUCCUCCAGACCAGCCCCGUCUGACCGUCUCCACCACUUCCACCUCUUCCAUCACCCUGGCCUGGAUCCCUGGGGACAACGGAGGCAGCUCCAUCAGAGGUUUCGUCCUGCAGUACUCAGUGGACAACACAGAGGAGUGGAGGGAUGUGUUCAUCAGUUCCAGUGAGCGUUCCUUCAGGCUGGACAACCUGCGCUGUGGGACCUGGUACAAGGUCAAACUGGCAGCCAAGAACAGUGUGGGCUCAGGACGCAUCUCUGAGAUCAUCGAGGCUAAGACCCACGGACGAGAGCCCGUGUUCAACAAGGAGCAGCCCCUGCUCACCCACAUCAACUCCACCCACGCGGGGCUCAACCUGCAGGGCUGGACCAGCGGCGGCUGCCCCAUCACCGCUCUACUGUUGGACUUCCGGCCCAAGGGCACGUGGGCCUGGCAGAGCCUGAAGGCCAACGCCACGGCCCAGCUAUUCCUCAGCGAGCUGCGGGAGGCCACCUGGUACGAGCUGAAGAUGAAGGCCUGUAAUAGCGCCGGCUGUGGGAACCAAAGCUCCCAGUUUGCCACCACAGACUAUGACGGCAGUACCAUCCCUCCUAUAAGCUCGGCCCAUGAGGACAGAGAUGAUGUGAAGAAGCUGUUCUCCAUCGGUUCUCCUGUCAUCCUGGUCACCCUGGGCGUCGCCCUGCUCUUCAUCAUCCGCAAGAAACGCAAGGAGAAGAGACUCAAACGACUCAGAGAUGCUAAGAGCCUUGCAGAGAUGCUUAUCAGCAGUAAGAACAACCGCAGCAUGGACACCCCAGUGAAGGGUCCUCCCCAGGGCCCUCGGCUCCACAUUGACAUCCCUCGUGUCCAGCUGCUCAUCGAGGACAAGGAGGGCAUCAAGCAGAUAGGUGAGGACAAGGCAGUGGCCCCAGUGACGGACACAGAGUUCAGCCAAUCAGUGAAUCCACAGAGCUUCUGCACGGGUGUGUCUCUGCACCAUCCUGCCCUCAUCCAGAACACAGGGCCCUUGAUUGACAUGUCAGACAUCCGCCCUGGAACCAAUCCAGUGUCGAGGAAGUGUGUGAAGUCAGCCCACAGCUCCAGAAACCGCUACUCCAGCCAGUGGACCCUGAGCAGGCCGGGCCAGAGCCAAUCAACAGCCUCCGCAAGGACUCUGACCUCUGACUGGCGCACCAUGGGCUCCCACGGCAUCACCGCUACCGAGAGUGACAGCUACAGCGCAAGCCUGUCCCAGGAUACUGACAAGGGUCGUAACAGCAUGGUGUCCACAGAGAGUGCGUCAUCUACGUAUGAGGAGCUGGCGCGGGCCUACGAACACGCCAAACUGGAGGAGCACCUGCAGCAUGCCAAGUUCACCAUCACAGAGUGCUUCAUCUCAGACAGCUCCUCUGACCAGAUGACCACAGGCACCAACGACCCGGCCGACAGCAUGACAUCACUCAGCACCCCAUCCGAGACAGGCCUGUGUCGCUUCACCGCCUCGCCACCCAAACCCCAGGACUACGACCGCGGCAGACCUACCAACGUUGCCGUGCCCAUCCCCCACCGUGCCAACAAGAGUGAAUUCUGCAACCUCCCGCUCUACAUGAAGACGGAUCCUUUCUUCCGGAAGCAGGCAGAACUGCAUGACCCAUGCCCUGCGGUCCCGCCCAGGGAGGCCUCCAUCCGCAGCCUGGCACAGCGGGCGUACCACACCCAAGGACGUCAUAUGACUCUGGACCCGUCCAAGCAACAGGCCCUGACGCUAGGCCACUCUGGGUUGGGCAGUCUGGGCGUGAGCUCAGGCACUGCCACCCUGCCCCAGAGGACUCUCACCAUGCCCUGCUCCAACCCUGCAGCCACAGCCUCCACUUCCAGCACCAGCAGCAACCCCACUGGCUCCAGCACAAAGAUGGGGGGCUCCAGAGACUCACUGCUAGAGAAUAGCUCCUCAGCGCUGGGCAGACUGCAGAAGCAAGGGGUUGGGGCCUACUCUAAGUCUUACACACUGGUGUAGCUACUAGCCCCCCUUCUCUCUCUCAAAGACUAAACACUCCUGUCUGGCCCGGCCCCGGCCCACACCCAGCCCCACACCAGUGUUCUACACAUCAGGUCAGCGAGGGCAUGCACUGCAGUGCAGCAGGUGUUCCCAGCUAACUGCUAGCUAACAUCUAAUUACCCAGUAGCGUGAUUAGUCUUUAUUCAGACUUUAGAUUCUGCCUCCCAGGAAUGACCAGAGACCAUUGUAACCUGCCUGAUUCAUGCUCACCUGGACCUGUAUAAAACAAACUACUAUCUCCUACUAACUAUCACUUCUAGCCUGAUUCCACGCUGCUCAAUAUGUGUGUCUGGUGAUGUACACACACACACACACACACACACACACAUAUAUACACACACACACACACACACACACACACA